ACAACCCAGUUAAAUCCCACAAGAGUAGGGUCUGGGGAGGGUGUGUGUACGCAGACCUUGCCCCUACUCGAAAGUAGAGAGGCUGUUUCCAAAGAGACCCCCGGCUCAACGUCGAAAGUUGCAUUGCUUGACUAACUGCUACUUCAUUAAUUAAAGAAGCGCAAAUAGUUUAGAUAUCCAUUUUGAUUUAUUCCAUCACACCCCAAAGCCAAAAACAAGCAAGCCAUAGUUCCUUUGUCUUGGAAAUUGGUGCCUCAUAGUAAAAGACAUCCCAUCUUACGCCCACCAAAGUAAAACAGUGCCACUCAAAAGCACCAUGUGCAUAUGGGUCUUCCCCUUCAUCCAACCCAUGAAAAGGUACUUACUGCUUCUGCUUAACUCCCUCCGUACUCAUCACCAUUAAUUCCCCCAAACAAAACCCAUUAAUAAUUUCUACCCAAAAACCCAAAAACAAAAAAAAAAUGAGAAAAACAAAAUAAAAAUUACAGCUUGGGAAAAGCUUGCUGAGAAGCAAAGAAGAAAGAAAAGCUUCUUCUCAUUACCAAAUCCUUUUUGCGCCACACUGCUCUCUGAACUGAACUUUCACCUUUCCCUUCCUUGCAAUCCAUCUUUCACGUGCUUCUUGUCCGUGUUUUUUUAUACUAUGCGUACAGUAUAUGUGAAUUACAGUUAAUAAUAAAUUUUCACUUUUUCCUUCGUAUUUCUUGAUCUAUCCGAAUGCUGGCAGAUCUGGGUCCGGAAUUCUACUUUCAAUCUCGGGAUUGAUCCGAUUUUGGAGGGGGGUCUUGGCGGGUUUCGAUCUCCAGUGCAUUGGAGCUCAAGGUGAGUUAAAGGGCACGGCUGAAAUUCUUGAAGUGAAAGUUCUUUAGCUGGGACUCGAGCUGCUGAAGAAUUUUGCAGUUGAAGAAUUUUGGGUUUUAAUUUUAGGGUUUAGUUGGGUUGUGAUUCAUUUGGUAUUUGAGCUCCACAGUUGAGGCUUUGCAUUUGAUUAUUUGUGGUUUAGGCUUUCUUGGUAUCUAUUUGGAAUCCAUUGUUACCUUUAGUUUGGAAACCUGUUAAUGGUUGCCCAUAUGGAGAUGUUGACAUUGAAUUUGGCUGCCUCAUUGGGCGAAAGAUAUAUAUACACGGGUUAAGUUCGUACAAGCGAAAGUUUGGUUAGGUCGUUUGUUCAUGAGGCACCGCAGAGCAAUUUGAUUAUUACCAAUUAUUGGUUUUGUUGGGCUUUGGAUACUGAGAUGCCUCCUUCACCAUCGAUGAGACGUUCCCCUGGAAGGGCAGAGCCCAAGGCAGUAAAUCACAAGAGAGGUCACAGUGUAGAAAGUCGGGCAGUUUUCAAGGAGAAAGACGAUGAUGACCUUGCGCUGUUCAACGAGGUGCAAAGCAGAGAAAGGGAUCAUUUCUUGCUUGAUGCCAAGGAUGAAUUUGAAGACAUAUGCUCAACUAGACUUAGAUGCUUUUCGGAGUAUAAGCGCGGGAUUUCCAUCCCUGCUCGGGGAGAGGGCAGCGAAUUGCUCAAUGAUGAGGGAAACAAGAAUGAUUAUGACUGGUUAUUAACUCCACCAGACACACCUCUUUUUCCUUCAUUGGAUGACGACGAGAUACCACCACCGGUUAAUGUUUCCCAGAGGGGAAGGCCUCGAAGUCAACCCAUAUCAAUCUCUAGAUCAUCCACCAUGGAGAUGAGCCAUAGAAGUAGCAGAGGUAGUGCGAGUCCAGGCGCGGAUUCGGGAAGAGGAGCCAGAAGGGGACAAUUGUCGAAUAGAGGAAACUCGGCAUCUCCAAAGAUUAGGGCAUGGCAAUCUAAUUUGCUUCCUGGGUUUUCCAUGGAGGCACCUCCUAACCUUCGCACUUCCUUGGCAGACCGACCAACAUCUUAUGUUAGGGGAUCCUCACCAGCAUCAGGAAAUGGAUCCCGGUCUGGCAGAAAAUCAUCAAUGUCCCCUGUUAGAAGUGUCAGUUCUACGUAUAGUCAUGACCGGGAUCGUGUGAGCUCAUAUGGUAAAUGUUCAGUUGCAUCAUCCGGCGAUGAUGACACAGAAUCUUUACAAUCGACCCCUGCGAGCAGUUUAGACCCUUUGGGUCCAAGAAGUUUUGGGGGGACAUUCCAACAUAAUAAAGCUCUGGGUUCAAAGAAGAAGAUGACUAGAAUAACUUCUUCCAGUUCUGCUCCAAAGAGGUCCAUUGACUUGACACUUCGACAAAUGGAUCAGCGGAAAAGUCCACAUAAUAUGUUCAGGCCGCUGUUAUCAAGUGUACCUAGUUCAACGUUCUAUUCUGGCAAAGCAAGUGGCGCGCGUCGUUCCCUUGGAUCUCUACACUCUUCAGUCACAACCAGCAGUAAUGCUAGCUCUGAUCAAGGCAUCUGUAUUGCACAUGACACCGAAGCAAGCGAGCAAAAUCAGGACAUAAAUAGCGAACAUGUACAGUCAUUGUUUCAUGAUUCCGACAUAGUGUUCGCCUUAGAUAAUGAUGUUGACGCUCUAGACAAUUUAGAUCAUGGUAAUCAAAAUGUUGUGCCACCUAGCAGCCUGCUUGACAAACUAGAUGGUCCCCUUGCUGUUGAUUCUGGGUCAAUUGCUGAUGAAGGUUUCAGUACAAACACUGGAAAUUCUGAAGUAUUGACCCAAUUCGAAGCUCUAAUAGUUUGCUCGAAAUGCAGCUUGAAGUAUCCUCCUACAAAACCAGUUGAAGAAGAUCCCAAACUCUGUCCAGACUGCAAAAGUUUGGAAGCACAACAAGUUUUGAGCAGUCCAAUGACUAGAAUUUUGGUCGUCGCUGAUUCUCCGGGAGUUUUGGCUGGUCACAAUGAACAACAGGCUUAUAGUUACUGCGAAAAUCAGAGCGAUGUGCCAGGCUGGGACUUGACUUCAAAUAAGUCCAUUGAUCAAACACCAUUGCAACCAAGUGACUGUUCUAGUGCCACUGCUGAUGUUGCAGAGGGUGCAGGCAUUUCUCUGCUGCUGAAAAGGUGUGGCAGCGGCAAAGGGCAUAUUGUUCAAAACAGGACACUUAGUGCCACUAGCAUAGCAUAUGAUGAUUUGUCGUAUGUACGCGACAGUGUGAGCAGCCUGAGAAGCUCUUUUGGGCAUGGCAGUGCAUCUGCUUCAUCAUCUUCAGUUGACAUCAGGUCAACUACUCAAAUGGAGACCGGCAUUCAGCGGCAAUCCAGUGGCAGGAGGAAACCAGAGGCAGAAAGCUAUCGGAAUGAUGUUGAAGCAAACUUGUUGUUAUUGAGUAAUAAAGAUAGUAAGGGCGAAAGUAUUUGUAGAAUCCCUUUGGAACCCACGAGUCACACGACAAUUAUCCAUGCAGAGGAAACUUCGGCUGCAAAUUUUGACUCUACUUUUUCUGAAAAUGGUGACAUAUUAACUAACUCAGUUCAUUCGUUAGACAUGGAUCCUUCUUGCAUGGAAUCUGUGCCAUCAACUGUUAAAGAAGAUGUGCCAAAUUAUUGCGUUGACAAUUUGCAUGACACUGAAAUUCCUGAGGAAGACUGUUUUGAUGCAAAAUGUGGAGUGCAAAUUCAGAAUGAUGAUAUACGCUCUCAUCAUUUGCAGUCUGAUGGUAGUUCAGGGAGCAGUAGACAUGACGUGAAGGGGUGUGCUUUACAUGCAGCGAAUGAUGAAGAAAUUGGAGAUCCUUUUGAAACAGACGCUUGUCACAGAUACGAGGAAUCGACUGUUGUCAUAGAGGGACAUUCGGGUGUCAAAACAAGAAGCUUGACAUUAGAAGAAGCAACGGAUACAAUACUGUUUUGCAGCUCUCUGGUCCACAAUCUGGCAUAUAAGGCUGCCGAUAUAGCAAUUAGCAAGGAAAGUUCGUCCCAGCCUACUCCCACGGUAUUUGGCAAAGCCAGCCCAGAUAGAAGGGGGGACCUGUGGAGCAGAACCUCUGCGAGGCGCAACUCCAGGCCUUCUCAAAAGGUGAAACCAAAGGUGAUUGAACCUGAAUCACAACCCCCUCCAAACAACACCGAUUGUGACGAGAAAACCGAGAAAUCGGGUGCUCAUGUUGUGGGGGUGGGUCCCACAAAGGACGACGCCUUGAAGCCUCCUCCCCCUCCAAAACAGGAAUCCAAAUGCAACUGCACAAUCAUGUGAGUCUUCAAUUCACACCAUUCUUGCACAGCUCAAAGGGUGCUCGGCGUAGAGUUUGAUUUGGCAAUUGCUUUUUUUUUGGUCCCCUUUCUUUUUUCCCACUCUUUUGUUGGUUCAAAUUGAAUUUAAAGAUAUGAUUCAGUAACAUAAUCAUUGUAAAGUUUUAAAUUCUUGUUAGGCUGAUAAAUAGCAAGCUGUUCCUGA